GUAUUUUUCCGAAUUAGUAAAAUCCAACAAAAGUCUGUUUGCCGUUGAACCACGAAAGGUCGCAAUUCUCUCUCUCUCUCUCUCUCUCUCUCUCUCUCUCUCUCUCUCUUACAUCUUCCCCUUUCUCCCGGCAUUAGGCCUUUGCCAACCUCUUACCAACCCCAACCGAGGCGGCCUCAACUCAAACCGUUCUUUCUCAAACCUAGAAAACAAAAAAAAAAUCCAAUAGAAAAUUGAUCGAGAUACAGAUACAUUGGAAUUGUUAUACGUGUAUAAGCAUAUAUAGUAUAUACAUAUACAAGUGGGUACGAGAAUGGUGGAUCUAAUACUGAUGAGAAAAAGAAUUGGGUUCGAGGCGUUGGCGGUGGGGUUGUGUUUUUUUUCGUAUUUUCUGUUGGGAUCAGCUAAUGUCGUGUUCAAUGUGAAGCACAAGUUCGAGGCGCGUGAGAGGAGGUCGUUGGCGGCUUUGAAGGCCCAUGACGACCGCCGUCACGGCAGGAGCCUGGCCGCCGUCGAUCUCCCUUUGGGUGGCAACGGCAGCCCCACCGAUACCGCGCUCUACUACACUGAGAUUGGGCUAGGGACUCCUCCAAAGGACUACUAUUUGCAGGUAGAUACGGGAAGUGACAUUAUGUGGGUGAAUUGUGCUGGCUGUGAGAACUGUCCCAAAAAGAGCGACCUCGGUGUAGAACUCAGACUUUAUGAUCCGAAAGGCUCCACAACUGGAACAUUGCUUACUUGUGACCAGGAUUUUUGCAUUGAGACAUUCAACCCUACUGGUUGCAAGGUUGGAGCAAUUUGUCCAUAUCAGGUUACUUACGGAGAUGGGAGCUCAAGUUUGGGAUACUUUGUUAGUGAUAUAGUACAAUUGAACCGGGCUUCUGGAAACCUUCAAACCACGCCAAUGAAUGGUAGUGUGGCAUUUGGGUGUGGAGCUAAACAAUCAGGGCAACUUGGUACUUCUGCUCAAGCACUUGAUGGCAUCCUUGGUUUUGGACAGGCAAAUUCUUCUAUGAUAUCACAGAUAGCAUCCGCUGGAAAGGUGAAAAAAAUGUUUGCUCAUUGCUUGGACGGUACAAAUGGAGGUGGAAUCUUUGCUAUUGGACAAUUGGUGCAGCCAAAACUAAACUCAACUCCAAUGGUCCCAAAUCAGGCACAUUACAAUGUAAUUUUGAAGACAGUUAAGGUGGGUCGUGAUCUUCUACAAAUUUCCACAGAUGUAUUGGACAGUGAUGCUGGGGCAUCGAUGGUGAUUGAUAGUGGGACAACUUUGGCAUAUCUCGCAGAUGAGUUGUAUAACCCAUUAAUAACAAAGGUUAUGGAUUCACAACCUAAUUUGAAAUUGCAUACUGUGGAGCAGCAGUUCACAUGCUUUCAGUUCACGGAAAAUGUCGAUGAUGGAUUUCCAGCUGUCACUUUUGGUUUUGAGAAUUCACUUUCCCUGACAAUUUAUCCUCGUGAAUAUCUGUUCCAAAUACGUGUGAUUUUGGAGUGUUGAGUGAUUUGAAGUACUUACAAAGUUGAACCUGAAGGCAUCUCAAAGUACUAUCAAGGUUUGUAUGCUACAAGCAGGAUAUGAGGAUCACUACUAGAGAUAGACAGUGGGUUUUGUGCAAUUCGAUGGUGAGGGUUUUAAUUGGUAAAAGGAAAAGGCUUGUGUAAAUACAAUCGUUACAGUGUAUGUUUGCUGUAUUUUCAGAUUCGCUAAAUAGGAGGAAUUUUAAUGACAAAAGGAAAAUUGAAAGGAACUAGAGGCAAGGGGAUGAUGAAUGGUUUACGAAUCUGGGGCCUGACGCUGCGUAUGAGAUACAUACAGUGGGUUUUUGAGCUAAUGGAGCCUUCUGUGGUGAGGGUUUUGAGGGGUAAAGGAUAUGAUCUUUAGAGUGUGCUUCUAGAUUUUCAGAUUCUCUAAAUAAAGGGCUACUGCAGCAGUGAUUUUGUGGUUUAUUUGUUAAAUUGUUGGUCAACUGGCAGGGGAAGGGAUAGUACUUGGAUAUGGGGAGAUUGGGGCUGAAAUCAAGAAUGUUGUGGGGCUUUUAGCUAUCAAUGUAAACCUGAGAAGAGUGUCUGCAAAAUACUCGAGUCUGCGAAAUACUCAAUUCUGCAAAAUUUUAGGUGCGAUUUAGUAGAACAACGGACCAUUUUAUUUAUCCUAAAUUCCUAAAAUUUGGCUCAAAAAAGGACCUAUCAAACCAUUACAAUUUAGAGUAUCCUAGUUGCUAGAGCUUCUUCAAACCUGAUAAAGAGCUAAAAUCACAACUUUUCCAGUAUGGCAACCCGUCAACUAAAGUUACCAAGAUGCCCAGUAAUCUGAUAACGUAAACAAAAACACAAAGAAAUGGAGCAGAAGAGCAGGGGUCGCUAGGUUGGCAAAGCUAUAACUGUAAUUCUCCCUACAUCAGAUUUGAACCUGUUUCCAGUUAAUUGAUUGUUCUACCACUGUGCUGGGGACGUCAACUCCCAUUCCGACCACCUAAGACUGAAGAAAGUGAGGUCAUCACUCUUGUUCAUGUACACCUAACGGAAAGGUUACCAUAGCUAGCCCCUGUGCGGCCAGAGACCUCGAGGACAAGGAAACAGCAAUCAACAAUCCAUUCUCGAGAUUACAUUGAUCCACUCUACUGGGCACAAACAUGCCAUUGGUAAUGAUUUUACUAUUGUACGGACAACCAAGGCUGGAGCUAUUAUUGCCAAAAACAAGGGACUUCUCAUCCUAGGAAGGCUCUGUAUUUGUCAACCAUGAUGAUGUUGAAUCUGGAAAGAGGCUGCGAUGGUGGUUCUUUGAGGAAGUGAAGGAGAAAGAGCCGUCAAGAGAAAA